AAAGUCAGAUCCUUCUGUCAGGAUGAAGGUGUAAUAAAGAGGAAUAAGUACUGGAUAUCAGAGACGGAUAUAGAGAAUUAGGAGUUCAAAGGAUUUCAGAGUUCCACUAGGAAUCAAGUUCCAACAGCUUUGAAAGCCACACCAUGGCACAGUAUGUGGUGUCCAGACCACUUUACACAGAGGAUGCCUUUACAGAUGAGUAUGAGAAAAUCUGCCGGCAACACAAGACCAUGCUGGACCAUGUUAAACAAUACUUCACUUGCAAUUCAAAUCGUGCAAAGAAUGCAGCCUUGUCUUUGCUGCCUAUUAUUGGGUGGAUGAAAAUGUACAAUGUCAAAGAAUGGAUACUAGGUGAUAUUGUGUCUGGAGUUAGCACUGGACUGGUGGCUGUACUGCAAGGACUGGCAUACAGCUUACUAGCAUCUCUUCCUGCCUGGUAUGGGUUAUAUGCUGCCUUUUUCCCUGUCAUCAUCUACUUUUUCUUUGGCACUUCUCGACACAUUUCAAUUGGAGCAUUCCCAGUUCUAAGUCUUAUGGUAGGGUCUGUAGUGACCCGACUGGUACCCGAUGAAGGUCCUCCUGCCAACAUCACAGGCUUUGAAGGGCUAACAAUGGACGAGCAAAGAGCCAUGGUGUCUGCCUCACUUACCUUUCUUAUUGGUAUUUUCCAGCUUGGCAUGGGGUUGCUGCAAGUAGGCUUCAUAGUCAUUUAUCUGUCAGAUACUCUCGUAUCUGGAUUCACUACAGCUGCUGCAGUUCACAUUCUGGUGUCACAGCUCAAAUUUAUUUUUGGGCUGAAAGUACCAGGUUUCAGUGGACCACUUGCUUUUAUAAAAAUCCUGGAGAAAACAUUUGUGCAGAUCGGAUCCACGAACAUCGCUGAUUUGGUGACAGCGGUUGUGGUGAUGGUUGUUGUGUUCAUUGUGAAAGAACUCAAUGAAAGAUUCAAGAAAAAGCUUCCGGUUCCUAUCCCAAUAGAAGUCAUUAUGACUAUCAUAGCAUGUGGAGUAUCUUACGCAUUUAAUUUCAAUGCAACGUAUGGAGUGGAUAUUGUAGGAAAAAUACCAGAUGGAUUUGAGCCACCUAUUGCUCCUAACGUUCAGAUAUUUCAGGAAACAGUUGUAGAUGCUUUUCCCAUGAGUAUAGUGGGUUUUGCUGUGGCGUUUGCUGUGGCUAAAGUCUAUUCUGUCAAACAUGACUAUGUUAUUGAUGGAAACCAGGAGCUCAUAGCUUUUGGUGCCAGUAACAUCUUUGGUGGUGCAUUUAAAUCACUGGCAGCCAGCACAGCUCUCUCCAGAAGUGCAGUCCAGGAGAGCACAGGGGGAAAAACACAGAUUGCUGGUAUACUCUCUGCAAUCAUUGUCCUGAUAGUAACUCUGGCCAUAGGGUUCUUGCUAGAGCCACUGCCAAAGUCAGUGCUGGGUGCAGUGGUAAUAGUGAAUCUGAAAGGGAUGCUGAUGCAGGUGUGUGAAGUACCUUAUCUCUGGAGGAAGGAUCGGCCUGAUUGUGCUGUCUGGAUUAUGACCUGUAUUGCCUCCAUCUUGCUGGGGCUGGAUAUUGGCCUUGCUGUUGGACUUGGAGCAGAGAUGAUUGCUGUUGUCUUUAGGACCCAGUUCCCACACUGUUGUGUCCUAGCAAACAUCUCUGGCACUGACAUUUACAGGAACCGAAAAGACUAUGUCAAUAUAUAUGAACCAGAGGGAGUGAAGAUUUUCCGAAUUCCUUCACCAAUAUUCUUUGCAAAUAUUGAUUUCUUCAGAGGCAAACUGGUUGAUGCUGUGGGCUUCAAUCCCCUGAGAGUACUGAGAAAGAGAAAUAAGGCCUUGAGAAAAAUUAGGAAGCUAAUUAAGAAAGGGGAACUCACAGUCACAGUCAAAGGACUACAGGCUACAUGCUCUUUGCCUAUUGAAGAGUCAGAAGACGAGAGUAAUAUGGAGGACUUAGAUCAACCAGUAGACUUCUCUGGCCUUCCUGUUCAGGUGAACUGGAGAGAACCACUUCCUGCCAACAUCUCUGUUCCUCAAGUGGAUAUCCACAGUCUCGUCCUUGACUUCUCGGCUGUCUCCUUCCUUGACAUCUCAGCACUCAAAGGCCUUAAAAUGGCUUUGAAAGAGUUUAUCCGCAUUGACAUUGAGGUCUACAUUGUUGCCUGUGAUCCUUACAUUAUUGAGAAACUCAAAAGCUGCAAAUUCUUUGAUGAUGAGGUUACAACAUCCAUCUUCUUCCUGACCCUCCAUGAUGCGAUGCUACACAUAUAUAAUCUCCAUCCGCCCCUCAGCAUUAAUGAGAAGGUAUAUAGCAGCAUUCAUGACAAGCUGAGUGAAGGAAAUAACAGCUUGCGUAACAGAGAAAAAAUAGUCAAAGAACCAGAGACCAGGUUCUAAUCCCAGUUGCUCUCAAAUAUAUUGGAAAUACCAAGAUGGAAAACAGGCUGAUAAAUACCUUAAAUUUUGUGAAUUUUCUAAUGCAAUUUUUUAGAUGAAAAAUAUAUUUUGUAUAGUUUAAUUUUUCAAAAUAGAUUUGUACUGUACAAUACAAUCUGGAGGCACAUAAUCAUGUUAUCAGAUUUAUGUCAAAAUUAAAGAACAAUAUGGAUGUAUUUCAUACCGUUGACACAUUUGUACAUGUAAAAUAGUUUUAUAUAUACAUAUAUAGUAUAGUAUGUCUGAUGCAAUAUUAUUUUUAAAUAAAAUGACUCAAUAUUUAUAUUCG